AUGGCCGGGUCCCAGCAUUGCAUCUCGAAAUGGCUACGAGUCGGUUUCAACGAUAACAUUCAAGUGUUUCUCGGUCGUACAUUGCUCAAAUUGACGGGUAAUCAAAUAGCAAUUGGCUUCAUUGGUCCGGAUUUUCUGUAUGCUCUAGUUGGCAUCACAAGCGUUGUUGCAGGUGCGAUCGGGGCACUUGCUUCUGCUUGGAUAGCAGAACACUUGGGAAGGCGAAACGGGCUCCUAUUAAAUCACGCCUUCGCUGUCCUCGGGAGCAUACUGUGUGCCACCUGUGUUCACGCCAAUCAGGCCGCCUUGCUGUUCACUGGCCGCUUCUUCUUGGGUCUCAAUUGUGGUAUCACGACGGGAAUCGCUCCGAUGUAUCUGGCUGAAGUUGCACCUCGCGAACUCCGUGGAACGGUUGCAGCAUGUAAUGCUCUGGGUAUCACCUUAGGCGAUGUGGUCGCGUACUUAGCCACACUGUCCAGCACACUGAACACGAACGAAUUAUGGCCCAUCGCAUGCGGAUUGUGUGUUGUGCCAGCGGCAAUCUCCCUCCUCAUUCUGCCAUUCUGUCCAGAGAGCCCGCGUUUCCUGUUUAUGAAGAAUGGCGAUGAGAUUGCGGCACGGAAAGCUUUUUGUCGUCUCAAUUCCAAUGAGAACGUUGAAGCGCUUGUGUGUGAAUUAAUGGAAGAAAUGGCGAGUGUCAAAACCAAACCUCAAUUUAGGUUCACACAUCUGUUCACUCGAAAGGAUCUCCGCAUGCCGCAAGCGAUCAAAGGCUAUUCCUUCGUACCAUUUCUAGUAGUUGUGUUGCUCUGCUGGGUGUUCAUCUUUAUGUACAUGCCGGAAACACGGAACCGCAAAUUCGACGAAGUUGCUCGUGGGUUGGCCCGUGAGCGAAUGGUUAUUGGAAGGCAGGCACUCAGCGACCGGCUUGGUUCACGAAGACCAGGAACAAAUGAUGCUUCGAACAAACGACUGUUUGUCAAGGGAAAAUGGCUCCCCAGUGAAUUGUACUGCUUUACGGAGGCCACGGAUCCCUGA